UUGAAGAGUAAGAAUAGCCAACAACCAAACAAGGAUCCAUCUUAGAUGGGAUUGUCACGUGUAGAGUGAGAUCGGUUUUUGUCUAAUCAAGGAUCAACGGUCCCUAUUCAGUCGUCGCCACCAAAACAACUUCACUGCUACUUCAACAGCCGACUCGGACUGCUUCCUUGCAUAAUCUCUCAGUCAGAUCUCUCAUCUCUCUCAAUCUCCACUUCCCAAUUACUCUUCCAACAGGGUUCCUGAAAAAAUGGCCGAUUCAAAACCAGGAUUGAGGAAGCCUGUAUUCACCAAGGUUGACCAGCUACGCCCAGGCACCAGUGGGCAUACUCUCACUGUGAAAGUUGUAAGUACAAAGAUGGUCUUGCAGAAAGGUCGUGCUGAUGGUCCUCAAAUACGCCAAAUGCGAAUUGCUGAAUGUUUGGUAGGAGAUGAGACAGGAAUGAUUAUCUUCACAGCUAGAAAUGAUCAAGUGGACUUGGUGAAAGAAGGAACUACUAUAAUCCUUCGCAAUGCAAAAAUCGACAUGUUUAAAGGAUCAAUGAGGCUUGCUGUUGACAAGUGGGGACGUGUUGAAGUAGCUGAACCUGCCAGUUUCACUGUGAAGGAAGACAACAACCUAUCCCUGAUUGAGUAUGAACUCGUGAAUGUUGUUGAAGAGUGACUUGUCUGUGGUGCGUUCCCAGCAUAUUAGAUGGUGAUCUGAGAAUAAAAACAUCUCCAGCAAAGCAAAUUACUGUUACAGGACAUCUUUUGUCCAAAAUGCCUGUGAAAGUUCACUUUUAGGAAGAAAAAAUCUGCAAACUAGUACUGGACAAGUUGCUUUUACCUUCGCAGCAGAUCCAGCAGAACCCUUUGCUUGGACUUCCAAACAGAUGGUGAUGGCUGUAAAAAUUGAUAAGAGUUAAAGCAGCUGCCUUUGGAAACUUGGUUUGGUUUGCUUGCUACCUAUCUAUUUUUGGACAGUAAUUGAACUUAUGUGAUCACAGAUAUAAAAUCUAUCAACUGUAUGUCGCUGUAUCCAGAUAUUGUGGUUCUUGCAUGUUUAAUCUUUCUAAAUACAAGUUCUAUUAUUAGGUCUUA